UCCUCAAAAUCGAUUGUUCUAUGCGUCACAGUAGUUAUGACGUCAUAAUAGUUUGUACCGCAUACUAAGCUCUUCGCAGUAAAAAUCGAAGGUGUUUGUCUCUUUAUCAUGACUAAGACAAAAAAGAUUUUGCGGUCCUUAGGGUCCAGAUUAGAAAUUAUACUAGAGUACGGUUUACUGGAAAUUGAUGCUUCCAUCCAGGAUAAAUACUUUGUUAUAGGAGAUGGCAAUGUAAAUCCAAUACUAGUGAAAACACUGGCAAGAAAUAUAAAGACAAAAGAGCAAGAAAAGUUCCGUGAUUUUGAAACAAACGCGGUCAUGUUUCCAAAACCACAACCUCUAAAAGAGAUGAAAUUAACUAGCGAGGAGAAAUAUGCUGUUGUCAAUAUGUCUAAAUUCAUGCAAGGAAAUCACCAGGCAAAAGCUGUUAGUUUCCCAGAGUUGCAAAUAAUUGGAAAAGAGGCGUGCUUUAGUCCCAAAGUUACCAGUCCGCCGAACUCGUCCUGCAAGCUGCCAUCUUUAGCCAAUACAAGGAGGAACAUUCACGUCAAUCAGAGCAUGCGCUCUCAUGAGCUCACAACCUCUUUCCCGCUUCUGGCCAAAUUUCCGCUGAAAGCUGAACAAAGAACACCCCCAAAAUCAAACGGAACAGGGGUCAACCUCAUCGGAAAUCAGAUGUACCACCUUGACCACAGAUCUAUGGAAAUACCGAUUCCAUCUAAACAAAAUAAAUCCUGCCAAGGCUUGAAAACAGUAAUGUCUUUUGAGCAGAUGACAAAAAGCAAAAGUGAUGGUGAUCACAGUCUUACAAAACAACCCACUUCCUAUGGUAGACGGCAGGAAUUGUCCAUCUGCAAACAAAAACCGCUUUCAGAAAGAAAAGCAAAAGCAAUGGUUGGUCAAAAAGUACGUGAAGAUAAUCGAAGCCAUGACCGCCGGAAGGAGAGAAUGAGAAUCGCAAGAGAAAUGGACUCCACAACAAACAAGAUUCUACAAAUAUGUAGGCGAUCAUAUCAGUAAAGAAUGUUAAUAGCAAUGACCCCCUUCCCCCCAAUGCAUGACACACCGCGCCCCUUCCCCGUUCCAGCUGAUGAUGGGUCAUUGCAGUAUCGGUCCGUAAAUGGAGUUCCUGGAAAAUGUGUAUGCUGCUAGUACUUAUCAGUUCGUACUGACUUUAUAACAAGACACAAAGAUUUCUUUGGGAUUUGAAAAAAUACUGAAAAGGCUAAAAAAAAAUGCUCGGUUCUCGA